AAAUUUGCUGAUUAUUGCUAUAACGAGAAUCGACAGAAUGGUUUGCGAGAAAUGCGAGAAAAAAUUGGGAAAAGUAAUUACACCCGAUCCAUGGAAAUCUGGAGCCAGAAACACAGUGGAAGGCGGUGGAAGAAAAAUUGGAGAAAACAAAGCUCUUUCGGCAAGGAAAGCUCGAUUCAAUCCAUACACUGCAAAAUUUGAGACUUGCAAAAUAUGCAGACAAAAAGUUCAUCAAGUUGGUUCGCACUAUUGUCAGUCAUGCGCUUAUAAAAAAUCUAUAUGCGCUAUGUGUGGUAAGAAACUUAUGAGUACGAAGAAUUAUAAGCAGUCUGCUACGUAAAGUUACCUCCCUUUACAGGAAAUGUCUGAACAUAAUAAGCAAUGAUAUUUUUGUAUGUACAUAUACAUAAUGGAACAAAAUAUGUAAAGUAUUUCAUAUACUAGCGUAUCAUUUAUAUCUUCUAAUUAAUAUUAAUAAUUAGUGACAUAUGUAUUUAUAUGUACAUCAAAUAAUUUAGUUCGAUAACACAUAAUCAAUAAUUGUAUAUUAAAUGUAUUUACUCUUCUUUAAUAUUAGCAUGCACAAAUUUAAAUAUUGUACAAAAUAGAAGUUAAUUAGAAUUAAAUUUAAUACGAACAAUAAUCAAAUAUGGAUUUUGCGUUAGAAGAACAAAAAAAUUUUCUGUCAGUAUCUUUUUAUAACAUUGUCAUAUCAUGCUCCUUUAACGUAUUUAUAAAUAAAUACUUAUGCACACAAACAAGUACAAUAAGAGGUAGUAAUAUAAGUUUGCAUUGUAUUUGGAUUUUAUCGUAAUAUGUAUGUAUGUAUAUAUAUACUUGUUUUCUACCUGUGAUAUUAAAAAUCUUAUAAUU